CUCUCCCGAGUCCACUCCAAGCCUUUUCGCCUUUUCCUCCGCCUUCUCGCGAUGGCGCCGCCGCGCCGCGCUCUACUCGUCCUCGCCGCUCUCCUCCUCUCCCUCUCCCUUGGGGCCGCCUCCUUCCAUUCCGACGAGCUCCUCCUCAACGAUGACGAAGAGUUCGAGGGCGUCGUCGCCCGCCCCUCCGCCCCCUCCCCGCCGGCGGCCCCGGUGGUCUCCUCCUCCCGCCGCAGAUCAGCGGACGCGCCGUUGCCCGGGUCAGGCGAGUCCAACGCAGUGCAGUUCACGCUCGAGCACGACCUUGGCGACGGCAAGGGCUUCGUCUCAGCUGGAACCUUCUCGGCCCGCCUCAAGACCUUCGCCCACGGCACGCAGACCCUCACUAAACUUCGCUUUACAAGGAAUGAUUUUACUGAGGAUGAUAAAGCGGCGUUCAAAAAAGUGCUUCAGGAAGAUGGCUUUUAUACAAUUAGGCUGCCAUCUAAUGUGUUGGACACUACAAAGAAACAUCAUGUUGUUUCUUCAAUCAGAGCUAGAUGCAUUCCACGUGACAGUUUGGAUGAACACAUUGUUAUCCACAUGGAUGGUGUAAAUAUCUUGGCAGUCAAUUAUGGCUCUGUUGAUGGGUGCCAAUACCCUAGGCCUAUGAAAUUGCCAUCAAAAUGGACAUUCAGCUCUUACACUAUCCUAAAGACUGCUGAACAGGCACCAAGAACCCCAUCGUUUGCAGAUCAGUUAAUAGAAGCUGACAAUGGUCUUGGCGAAGUAAUGAAACCACCUGAGAAAUCUUUCUGGGCUAAAUAUUGGAUGUACAUCAUUCCGCUUGGUCUUAUUGUCAUGAAUGCUGUUACGGCAGCUGCCAACAUACCAGAGGAAGCUGCAGGGCAGGGCCAACCUGGAGCACAACGGGCACCUGCUGCUGUUGCUGGGAGGAGGAGAUGAUGGCUGCCUUCCAUACCGUAGUUAACUAUCUUCACAUUGUUUUCUGUUUUUUUUGGGGUAUUGUAUCAAUCUUACCUUGACUGCAUCAUCUAUGGCACUGCAUGAUGAUGCCAUCUUUUGCUUGUGUUGAAACACGUAGCCUAUCCAAGACAAUGUGGUUCCUAUACAUCUGUAGCCAAUUUUGGCCACUAGCAUGCCAUUGGACACUGAAACUUUGCUUGAAGCCUGUGCACACAUCAUUUGCAGUGACCACUUCAUACUUGAUGCAGCAAAAACACCUAUUAAUUUCAGCUGUUGAAUUUUCUGCUAAUAAUU